GUGAAUUUGUAUUCAUAUUAUUAUUAAUAUUAAUUUAGUUAUUAUUAAAUUGUAUGAAUGAUUAACUAAUUGCUGUAAUUAUAGUGUAAUAUUAGGUGCAUUGCAUUGAAUGGAAAUGUUUGGCCAAAGCUAUACAUUGUUUCUCAUAUUUGUGUCCAUCGGUUGUGUAUUGAGUGGCAGUGAAGACACAUCACAUGUGGUGUCGAGUGAUUCGCCGACUGAUGGCCACGACAUGAGUGAUGGCAUAGAUGUGAGUGACGGCAGUGACGGCAGUGAGGGAAGCGGUGCGAGUGAUGUGUCUGUGGAUCAGUCCAUACUAUACUCCACUCCAAACAUUGAUAACUACUAUAUCUACGAACACUUCGACGACUCCGACGACUUCGAGAACCGAUGGAUCCGUUCCGAGACGAGUAAAUCGGAUUCACAAGAGUUGAAAUAUGAUGGCCAGUGGGCUCUCACGCCCACCACUACAGCCCUUAAAGGCGAUUCGUGUCUUAUAGUGAAGAGCAGAGCCAAACAUCACGCGAUUAGCGCUAAAUUGGAUAAAGUAUUUAAAUUUAAUGCCAAACCACUGGUACUUCAAUACGAGGUGCAAUUCCGUAAUGGCCAGGAAUGUGGCGGCGCUUACCUCAAGCUGUUGUCCUCUCCGAGCGGUGACCUCAAGAAACUGAACGACAAGAGCCAGUAUUCACUGAUGUUCGGACCCGACAAGUGUGGCAAUGAUAUGAAACUACACCUCAUUUUUCAACACAAGAACCCCAAGAAUGGAUCACUGAAUGAAAAGCAUUGGAAACUCACCAGUAAUGUCAAUAAGAUUGAUGAGGUGUUUAAAGACAAUCGCUGGCAUUUGAUUCGUCUUGAGAUCAAUACUGACAACACAUUUGAAGUGACUUUAGAUAAGAGUUCUGUUGGGAAGGGAUCCUUAUUGGAAGACUUCAACCCACCUGUAAAUCCGCCCAAAUUUAUUGACGAUCCCAACGAUAGUAAACCUGAAGACUGGGACGAAAGGGAGAAGAUAGCAGAUCCCGACGCAGUCAAACCUGACGAUUGGGAUGAGAGUGAACCGCGAAAGAUAGCCGAUCCUAAAGCCACUAAACCAGACGAUUGGGCUGAAGACGAACCCGAAAUGAUUGCUGAUUCUGAAGCUAAACAGCCCUCUGAUUGGGACACAGAAAUGGAUGGCGAAUGGGAGGCACCACUUAUUGCUAACCCUCGUUGCGCUCAGUUAUCGGGAUGUGGCAAAUGGUCGGCCCCUCUCAUUGAUAAUGAU